UUAGCAUUACUUUUUAUCCAAACAUUUUAAAACAGUUUAGGCCAUGAAAAAGCAAAUUAUUAAAGAGUUCAUAACGAUAAAAAAGGUGCGUCGCCUGCCCCCCAAGGAGCCACCAGCUGAACCGCCCGUGCCACGGCGUGUGCUCGUCGUGGGUCGCUGCACGCUGGACAUGAUUACGGUCUGCGAUGAUCAUCCCUCGCCAGGUGUAACGCAACGCACAGAAGAAGGUUUCUGGCGUCUUGGUGGCCAUGCGGCCAACACAUGUUGUGUGCUGCGACGUCUGGGCACCGAAUGCGAGUUUCUUGGCCAGCUGAGCAGCAUUGGCGCCUUCGAGCAUCUGUUGUCCAGCUUCCAUGCCAUGGGCAUCGAUAUCUCGAGCUGUCCGCGCACCGCUCACGAUCCUCCGCAUCAGAGUAUUGUUGUGGUGCGUGGCCAGGAGACACGCACCACCGUGGAGUACUCAAAGCGCAAGCAUGAGCUGACCUUUCAGCAAUUCGUUGGUGCCGUCGACUAUCGGAAAUACUCAUGGAUACACUUUGAGGCGCGCCAUCCACGCGAGACUCUCCGCAUGAUGCAAGCGGUGCGCGAUUACAAUGCACGCAACGAGGAUGCAAACAUCAUAGUCUCGGUGAAUUUGGCCAAUAAGCGUCCACUUGGACUGCUGCUCGCCAACAUGGCAGAUUAUGUGAUCGUGCACCAUGGCUUCUUGAAGCUCUAUGGUUAUAUGAAUGGACGUGAAGCUGUUUGGGCGGUGCGAGAACGUCUGCUGGUGAUGCAGAAGCGUUGGCUGGCUAAAAAACCAAAGAUUACACCCAGUCCCAAUCCAGACGAGCAGCAGCUGGACCAUGAUUGCGCGCCUCCAGUGCGCAAACAACCAACAAUUAUCUAUGAGAACUACGAGCAAGGCGCCAGUUGCUUGAUGGCCGACGAUAGAUACUUCAAGGUGGGCGGACAGCAGCCACAAAAGAUUGAAGACACUAUCGGCGAGCACGACACGUUUGUGGGCGCCUUCAUCUAUGCGCUGCAGGAGAUUAAGCUGUCGUUGCGCGAUGCGUUGGAGUAUGGAACACGUGCAACGAGCCACAAGAUUACACAGUUUGGUUUCGAUUGCUUGCGCUGCAUGCCCAAAGAUCUAAUCAGCUGCUACUAUGCAUGACACAUCAGAAUAAAUCCAAUUAACAAGCCAACUUACCUUAUAGGAUGCAUGACAGUAUCGCACAUGGUUCACAGUCCAGCACAAGGUGACAAUGCAUUGAUGCAGCGUCUCGCUAGGAAAGAUAGUGUAGCCAAUUACCAACUCCAGAAUGGUCAAGCACUGCAGUCCAAUGUCAUCGUCCGGCUCAGUGUAGCUCAAUUUGCAGGCAUUCCUGCAAUAGGCCGUUUAGUAAAUGAUUUUUAGAUGUUAAGUAAUUAAUCACUUACUCUACAAUUCCCACAAGAAUGUCUUUGUCUAAAUGUGCUGCAUUGAAUUUGAUCAGAUUGAUCAGCAUGUCCAGAUAGGGGGACAGCUGAUGGGCCUCUUUCACAUCGGGCAUCCAAUGCAGCAUGAAUUUGCCAAUCUACAAAUCAAAUUGUGAAUUAAUAUUGCAUUAAAAGUGGCCCAGCAUCAUCAGCGUUACCUUCUCCUCGAAGUUGGUGAUGUCUUUGCCGUUCUCGGUGAGCGUGAUCAGCAGCUUGAGCAGAUGCCGCAAAUCUUCGCGGGCUUCGUGAUUCUGUAUGACCAGAAAGAA